AAAAAGAAAAACUGGGUAACGGAAUUCGUGAAGCAGUCGGGCGCUUCGAUCUUUAAAGGCAAAGAUUACACAAAAUUCGCGGUGCUUAUUGAAUCGAAAGAGUCCGAAGACUACGACGAUCAUCUGGAUGAAUUCACAAAAGCGGCAAAGAAUUUCGAAGAUAAGGUUCGAUUUGUGUACAUCAAUACAGAUGUGGAAGAGAACUGGCAGCUGAUUGAAUUUCUCGGUAUGAUCGCAGAAGAUGUGCCAUGCGUUCUGUUCAUCGAUCUUGACGAAGGCCUGAAGAAAUAUAAAGCGGAGAUGAAUGAGAUAACGAAACAAGAAAUCACUGAAUUCAUUCAGAAAUGUCUGAAGGGCGAGGUGAUGCCAUUCUUAAAAAGUGAUGACAUCCCGGAGGACUGGGAUAAACACCCAGUGGUCGAGUUAGUAGGAAAAAAUUUCGAGGAACAAGUAUUCCAACCAAAGAAAACUACUUUCGUCUUCUUCUGUAAGUUUUAA